AUGGAUAAACUAAGUAAAUCACUUGAAGUUUUAAGGUUACUUUCAACAACAAAAUCAGAAACAUUAAUAAUCAAGUGUUCUGUGGUGAUUUGCCGAAUUAGCAAAUGUAAUACAUCCGAAAAAGAUUCAACCAUUUCAUCAGAAUGUUAUGAACUUAUUGUUCGUAGUCUUGGUCGACCGAUUAAUGAUAAAGAAAUUAAAGUAAAAACUUUUAUAUGGCCUAGUCAGCAAAUGUGUUAUCCUAUGGUUAUAGCACGUUUUCUAAUGACAAAUGCAAUUAAUCAAUUACUUGAACAUCAAAAUCAAAAUGCUAGUACACAUUUAAUAAUUGAUUAUCUUGAUUUAAUAAAAAAAAUUAUUCAAUUACUUCGUUAUUCAAAUUUAUUUGAUUCUGAUCAAUUAUUAAUUUCAAUUCAAAUUGGAUUUAUAGAAAAAACUUGUGUUAGUCAAGCAUUACAAACAGAUAUUACAUAUCUUUUAUCUUUAUGUGAAUACGGUGAUCUACAUUUACGUGGUGCAUGUGCAAAUUUACUUACUACAUUAAUUCAAAUAACAAAUCAUCUUUUAACACUAUCAUCAUUAUCAAAUUCAUUUAAUAAUUCUUUUAUUAAUCAAUAUUCACUUAUAUCAACUGAUUCACAAGACAGUUCAAGUCAUGCAUUUACAAUCAUAGGAAUUAAAUUAUUAGAAGAUUCUAUUCAACAUACUACAAGUUCCUGUACUCUUGCUAAAGUUAGUCUAGCUCAACUUAUAGAUGACAUUGAUUUUCGAACAUUAACUUAUCUUGAACAACAAUUAAAACAACAGUACCCUGAUAUACGUGUUCGUCAAGCAAUUGCUUCGACUUUUGCUAAUCUUAAAAAAUAUAUUAAUACAAAUGAAAGUAAUUUUCAAGCUGUUGUACUCGAUUUACUUGUUCAAUUACUUUUAAUUCGUGUUAAUUAUAUUAUUGUUGAUAGUGUCCAAAUUGAAGAUGAUAAAUGGAAACGUCUUUCACGACAAAUUGUCGAUUUACUUCUUGCUCAUUUACAAUCUCAGGAUCAAUCACUUUUGGAUAUUUAUUCCACACAAUUAACACUAGUUGAUGUUGUGUCAUCAGUUGAAUUACGAUCAAUUGAUCCAUUUGUUAUUGCUUUUCGAGCAUUAAAUGAUGUUUUAUUAUCAGUUAAUGGAACACGAGAUGAAACUUUUAGUGAAGCUCUUCUUCGAAUUUUACAUGACGUAAUAUUACGAAUUUUAACUAAUACUCGACAAUUAUGCGGUCAAUUCAAUAUGACAUUAGUUUCUCUUGCAUCCGAUUACCUUUAUGUACUUAUUGAUACAUGUACAUAUGUACAUAAUUUAUUUGAUCUUAUCCAUCAUACAUCAAUUGCAAGUCAUUUAUUCGUUUCUGAAGGAAUGCAUUUAGAUGGAAGUGGUCUUCUAUUAGUUUUAUUAAUUGAACAAUUUCUUCCAUUACCAUAUAUAUCUGUAUUACGUUUAGCUGAAUUAAUUGUUUAUGAUCGUAUUGAAACGAUAUUAACACUUGACCCACAAACACUAAAUAAACAAUUAUUACCUAAAUAUACACCAUGA